AUGGAAUUUUACAUGAAGAUCUACAUUUCUCCGAUUUUGCUGUUUCUCCCCACCUCACCGUGUAAGCUUUCACAGUUUAUUAUACUUUUUCAACGUCGCUGUUUCAAUUAUUUUUACGAUGCUUUUGAAUUGAUUAUGCUUAUAGUUUCUUUUAAUCGACUCUGUGCAGGUGGCAAUGGUAAAGUACUCAGGGAAUAUAUAGGCGCCGAAGGCCUCAACAUCAAAUUCUCAGAUGUACCGAUCAAUGAAAAUGUUGAGUUCCAUUUCAUUCUAUCAUUUCCCAUCGACUACACGAGCUCUGAUCGCUCUCCAUCUCCAACAAACGGCAAAUUGAACGUUCAAUGGGACAAGAAAAAUCUGAGCCCUGCGGACGUUCUAAGCAUUAAUGCUGUGUCUACUCUCUCUCAGAUAAUUACAGGAUACCAUCUAGAUGGCAUCGACAUCGACUACGAGCAUUUCGAUCAUUCCGAUCCCAAUACAUUUGCUGAGUGCAUUGGGAAGUUAAUCGUACAGCUGAAGCAGAAAAAGGUCAUGUCCAUGGCGUCCAUUGCUCCGUAUGAAGAUGAGGGCCCAGUUCAGUCUCAUUAUAAGGCACUGUGGAGGAAAUGCGGUCGCUUCAUAGACUAUGUCAAGCAAUUUCUCGAGUACUUCGACACUUAA